GUACAGGGCGGUACAAUAAGUGCCUUAUGUAUGUACAUUAGGAACGUUACCUAUCACGUAUACCGUCCAAUAUUAUUAGUCGGUACAUAGGUAGGGUUGUAUGUAGGUUAGAUGCCAUUUAAUUUAUGAGAGGUCUUGGCACAACCAGAAAGGCGUCAAGCUCCUAUCCCUUGCGCGUCGGUUUCUGGCUUGAGUGCAUUAGCUGAUUUAGAACCCUACACACUCUCAAGGACGCCCCAUCUUAUUCCCUAUUAUAAUCAAUCAUCUCAUCAUUCUUAGCGUCUAAGCAUGUCUGCGACUUUCGACGUUUCUCCCGAGAAGGAGGGAAGCGUACUGAAUUACUUCUAUCGUCAACUUACCCAAACACCAGCCCAGGUUCGCGGAGUCGAUCUUAGCGGGAAAACAGCCAUCGUGACAGGAUCGAAUAUCGGGAUCGGUCGCGAGUGUGGCCGUCAACUUUUGGACUUGGGACUAACAAAACUUAUCCUCGCCGUCCGAAAUGUCUCCAAAGGCCAAGCUACAGCUGCUGAGCUAUCGGAGGGCAGGAACCUAGAUCAAGGGACCAUCGAGGUUUGGGAGUUAGACUACGGCUCGUAUGACUCCAUUUGCUCCUUUGUAGAGCGAGCCAAAGGCCUCGAGCGCCUACAUAUCGUGAUUCUCAAUGCAGGUAUCAUGGCAACAGAAGCGAAGAUUAAUCCGAACACAGGCCAUGAGGAGACCAUACAAACCAACUAUCUAUCGACAGCUCUAUUGACCGUUUUACUCCUUCCGGUGAUCAAGUCAAAGAGGCUAACGGCACAACAACCAGGCCGUAUCACGAUUACGUCGUCCGAUACAGCCGCUUGGGCCAAAUUAGAUGUGAGCAACAAAGAACCCUUACUGCCAUCUUUUGAUAAACCCGGUAAAGUGGACAUGUUGAACCGCACUUUUGUAUCAAAACUAUUGGGACAACUAUUCUUGGUCGAACUAGCUAAGCAUGUGCCUCCCUCUGUUGCUGUGAUCAACACGGCAACGCCGAUGAUGGUUUACGACUCGGGAAUCAGUCGCGAUACGGCUCGCUCACUCCAGGGGAAAAUCGCAGAGGUCUUCCGGCGACGAAUUGGUUAUACUUCGGCAGUCGGUGCUCGUAUGAUAGUGGAUGCAGCUGUGAAGCAUGGUGAAGAAACACACGGACAGUAUCUAGGACUUCAGAAGUUGAAGCCGAUGGCGCCGAUUGUCUACACACCUCAGGGUGAGCACCUACGGAAUAUCCUGUGGAAGGAAACACUUCAAGAAUUUUCAUUUGCCGGGGUUGAAGACAUUCUCAAAGAGAUCAGUAGUGGGUAGACCUCCUAGAUGGUCUAGCAUGAAUUUACACUCUCUUCGUGAUUUUGUUUUCCCACUUUCCAACCCCCCCUUUUUUGCAAAGCAAAUAACACAAUGUAUGCUAUCGGCGUCUAAUAGGUAGGUUAAUUAUGUAGUAUUUAUCUAAUGCAGAUAUGAGUUUCAUUUUACGGGCAACGGGCAUUACACCACUUGGUGAUGAUGAUGAUGAUGAUGAUGAUGAUGAU